GGCAACACCAGAUCUGACAGCAGCAGCAGCAGCAGCAGUUUGCUGAGUGAAGGUGUCACACACAAGCACUGCACCCGGCACUGGGGCUGUUUUAUGGAUGGAGCUGUUUGUUAAAGCGCAACUGGAACUUCUGCAAGAGGAGAGAGAGGCUGAGAUUGAACAGACCAGGGCCUGGCAGGAGAAUGUAUCUUUAAAAGAAUUACAGCGGAAAGGUGUCUGCUUGCUGAAACUGCGAGUAUCUAACCAUAGGACGGGGCUGUAUGGACGCCUUGUGGCCACCUUUACACCCAAGUAUGACGCAGAAGCAGUAUUGCCAAGUAACGACUUCAGAUCAGGUGACAUUGUGGGACUCUAUGACUCGGAUAGCGGAAGUGACCCUCUGUCCACAGGGAUUGUGUGUGGCAUUACACAGAAAGCUGUUAAUGUGGCCUUUGAUGAGACGCACAGUGACUCAUUAAAUCUGGGUAGCGAGAGCACAUACAGGCUGCUGAAGCUGGCAAAUGAUGUUACCUACAAAAGAAUCAAGAAGGCUUUGAUUGCGCUAAGCCAGUACCACGCCGGACCUGCUUGCACCGUGAUAGAUGUUCUGUUCGGCUCCUCUGAGCCCAGCCACUGGGCACCAUCAAGAUCUGUGGAAUUUCUCAAUCCAUCCUUGGACGAUUCACAAAAGGAAGCCGUUGUUUUUUCUCUUAACCAGAGAGAACUUUCUAUUAUUCACGGCCCUCCUGGUACUGGUAAAACGACGACGGUGGUGGAAAUUGUCUUGCAAGCUGUCAGGCAAGGACUGAAGGUACUUUGCUGCGCUCCUUCUAAUGUAGCUGUGGACAAUCUGGUGGAUCGGUUGGCUGUGUACAAGGAGAGGAUAUUACGUCUUGGUCACCCUGCACGCCUCCUGGAAUCCUUGCAGCAUCACUCUUUGGAUGCCGUAUUGGCGCGGAGUGACAAUGCGCAAAUUGUGGCUGACAUCCGCAAAGAUAUCGACCUGACCUUUGCGAAAAUGAGAAAGCUUCAGCGCAGGGAAGAAAAAAGCAGCUUCAAAUCUGAAAUCAAAGCUCUGCGGAAAGAACUGAAGGAAAGAGAGGAGGCUGCUAUGAUAGAGACGUUGAAAGGCGCUAAUGUCAUCCUUGCCACAAAUACAGGUGCUUCCCGGGAUGGCCCUCUGAAGCUGCUUCCUGAUAAUUACUUUGACCUGGUGGUGAUUGAUGAGUGCGCUCAGGCGUUAGAAGCAAGCUGUUGGAUCGCUCUACUGCAGGCUAAAAAGUGUAUCUUGGCCGGAGAUCACAAACAGCUACCACCCACAAUCAUAUCUCACAAGGCUGCAGCUAAAGGCCUGUCUCUGAGUCUCAUGGAACGUGUAAUAGAGAAGUAUGGGGACAGAGUGGUGAAGAUGCUGACUGUACAGUAUCGUAUGAACGAAUCUAUAAUGCACUGGGCGUCACAGGCAUUGUAUGGGGGCAGACUGACUGCACAUUCCUCUGUUGCACAUCAUUUACUCAAAGACUUACCAGGGGUGGCAUUAACCGAGGAGACCAGCAUCCCCUUGCUACUGAUUGACACUGCACAUUGCGGCCUGUUUGAGAUAGAUGUUGAAGAUGAACAAUCCAAGGGCAAUCCAGGUGAGGUUCGGCUAGUGGAUUUACACAUUCAGGCGCUGACGAGCGCUGGCUUGAAAGCCUGUGAUAUUGCCGUUAUAGCGCCAUAUAAUCUUCAGGUGGAUUUGCUCAGACAGUGUCUCCGGCACAGGUACCCAGAUCUAGAAAUGAAGUCUGUGGAUGGCUUUCAGGGAAGGGAGAAGGAAGCCGUUAUAUUAUCCUUUGUAAGGUCGAAUGCUAGAGGUGAAGUGGGCUUUUUGGCGGAAGAGAGAAGGAUAAACGUUGCCGUAACCCGCGCCCGUCGUCAUGUAGCUGUGAUUUGCGAUUCCCAUACUGUCGGGAACAACCAAUUUCUUAAAGACUUGGUGGCUUACUUCAGCGAACAUGGAGAAGUGCGGACGGCUUUUGAAUACCUUGAUGAUAUUGUCCCAGAGAAUUAUUCCCAUGAAAAUGAAAAUUCUUGUAAGUCGGAAGUAAACGUUAAAACAGACAGUAACACUAAACCAAAAAAGCCUGGAGCUUCGAAACUGGACAACCAAAAAUCCAGCGGUGUAGCCGAGAGUCGGACAAAGGAGAUUAACAGAGCGAAGCGGGCAAACUCUAAUGGGAGCUUCCGGCAGAAUAAAAUCUUAGACGCGCCGACUGAAAACACGUCAAGCAAAGAAAGCCUGAGGAAAGUGAUUGAAGACUUUUUAAAAGACUAUGAUAAAACUGAUUUCACUUUCCCAUCGAUGCUGACAUCGCAUGACCGAUUAUUGGUUCACGAGAUAGCCGAAGAACUUGGGCUGCAGCAUAUCAGCACGGGAGAUGGCAGAAGUAGGACGAUUUCCCUCACCAAAACCAAACCAAUUUCUGUGGGUCUGAAACCUGAGAACAUGGAUGACGCCACCACCCAGAAACCUUUACAGUCACCGUUGGUGGAUAAAGAAAUCUGCCGCGGUGAUUCUACAGACAAAGUUGACUUGAAGGCCUUACACAUGGAACGGAUGCAGAGGGAGAAAGCAAAGCUUGAAGAAAAAAAGAUGAAAAAAAAGAAUGAGGUGACUGUUCGCAAGGUCACGGAAAAGACGGGAACAGAUGCUAAACGUAAAAAUGACGUUAAACCGGAGGCAGAAAGCUCAGACUUGGACGGUUUCGAUGCACUAAUUGCAGCUGUUGUGAAAGCUGACAACACUUGUGGUUUUGCUAAAUGCAAGACGAGUGUUGUGACGGUGGGAGAUUUCUGCAUACACUGCAACAAACGCUUCUGCCUCAGUCACCAUAUUCCAGAGGUUCAUGGUUGUGGCGAGAGAGCCAAAUCAAAUGCGCGUGCCAGAAUCAGCCGGGAAGGAGUGAUUUAUGCUGGAAGCGGACACAAAGACCACUCGCUGGACCCGACUAAGAAGGCUCAUUUGCAGAGGAAGCUAGAUAAGAAGAUUAAUGAAUUUUCAAAUCAGAGAAAAGUUAAGAAGGAAAAAUAAAUUUGUUGACUUGCAAUAAAAUUUUAUACCACACAAAUGUUAUACUACACAUGUAUUUUUGAGGAAUCUGCUCGAUUUGGAGAAGGGGAAACCAUCUAUGUGCCCAUUAACUGGCUAUCAGGACCCACUUUCCAUCUCAUGCUCAUAAUUAUUUAUACAGGCUAUCUCCAUAAAUAUAUGGUCUUGUGCAAGCUGUGGAUAUCACAGAGUACGGUCUAUUCGUAGGGGCUGAUUCAGCAUGGAACGCUGCUAUGACAAAGUUUGCAUGCUGAAUCCUGCCGCAGUGUGCGCACGCCCAGGGGCCGCACUGCAUGUGCGCAUACAGUGAGAUGCGACGGCAUCUCAUAUGUGCAAACUCCUCUGCCUGAUUGACGGUCAGAGGCGUUCGUGGGGCAGGAGGGGGCGUCGCUUCGGCGUUUCGUGGCCGGCGUUGCAGCGUUAGGGGGAGCGCGGUCUGGACCAUUUGCGAAGCGGGCCAUGGCGGUUGCGUGACAUCACAUGCAACUGCUGCAAACCAAAAGAUGGCUGACUGCUAUCUGCCUUAGCAGCUAGGCUGACGUUGUGCAAUGCGCUCACAUGUUUGCGGGGGGGAGGGGGCAGGGUUAGGGUUUUUUCUUGGUUUUGUGAACAUUGCAUUUACCCAGAAGUCAAUGAAUGCUAUCACAUGAGAUGUCCUCCUAGAUCCCUUAGGACACGAUUAGUAUUGGGAAUAUUUAAACUCUCAGUACUUUUUGGGGAAACAAAUUGAGUUUUCUCCAUGAAACAUGUGAGGUUGUUUUCACUGUAUUUAAGAUACACUUUUACCUGUCAUUUUCCUCAAGAUCUGCGUGGAUUCCUUUAUAUUCCUGUGUAUAUAUACCUCAAUCUCUGCCUGUAGUUUGCCUAUGCUCUUAUGCUGCUCAGUAUGUUGUCUUGAUAAAGAUUCACUGAGAACUUAAAUGUCAACUAUGGAAUUGUUAUAAUUCAUGAUCAUUAAAAGUAUGACAAAACAUUA